AUGAGUUUGAAUAAUGAUAAAGUUAGUGCUACAAGCCAUGAGCUUCUUCAAGCUCAAGCUUAUGUGUGGAAUCAUAUCUUCCAGUUCAUAAACUCCAUGUCAUUAAAGUGUGCAGUUGAAUUAGGCAUCCCCGAUGUGAUUCACAACCAUGGCCAACCCAUAUCCCUUUCCAAUCUCAUUUCCGGUCUCAAUGUCCACCCUUCGAAAGCUCAUUUCAUCUCACGCCUCAUGCGAAUCCUUGUCCACUCCAAUUUCUUUGCACAAGACCAGCAAGUUCAGCUACCACUUCGUCCAAACAAUAAUAACAACAAUGAGAUUAUUGUUCAUCAGGUUCUUGAUGAUGAAGCGGACGAAAAAGCUGUUGUGGUGUAUAGCCUAACACCAGCUUCCAGGCUUCUCCUCAAGGAAAGUCCAUUAAGCACCACACAAUUUUUACUUAUGAAUCUUGAUCCAGUACUGAUAGAUCCAUUUCAUCUAAUGGGCACUUGGUGCCAGAUGAACAAUAAUGGAAAUUAUGAUCAUCCAGCUUCCCCAUUUGAGAUGGCACAUGGAAGGUCUUUUUGGGGUUUGGCUGCUCAGCAACCAAAGCUUGGUAGCUUGUUUAAUGACGCAAUGGUGGCUGACUCUCAGCUGCUAGCAAGGGCAGUGGUUGAAGAGUGUGAAGGAGUUUUUGAGGGUUUGAAUUCCUUAGUUGAUGUUGGAGGUGGCACAGGAACCAUGGCCAAGGCCAUUGCCAAGGCCUUCCCCAACAUUAAUUGCACUGUCUUUGACCAACCACAUGUUAUUGCAAACUUGCAAGGGACUCACAAUUUGGAUUUUGUUGGAGGAGACAUGUUCGAGAAGAUACCCCCAGCAAAUGCAAUUUUCCUCAAGUGGAUUCUGCAUGAUUGGAGUGAUGAGGAAAGCGUGAAGAUAUUAAAGAAGGGUAGAGAAGCAAUUCUGAGCCAAAAAGGAGGAAAGGUUAUCAUCCUGGACAUAAAUGUGUCUGCAGAUAAUAAGAAGAUGGAUAAGAAAUCAAUUGAAACUCAGCUCAUGUGGGAUAUGUUAAUGAUGGUCCACCUCAAUGGCAAAGAGCGUAGUGAAGCAGAGUGGGAAAAGCUCUUUCUGACUGCUGGAUUCUCUCACUAUAAGAUUACACAUACAUUGGGCCUCAGGUCUCUUAUUGAACAAAGACACAAUGGUGGAUCCGUGAGGUUGCACAGUUGUGCCGACCGUGGGGCCUUGCGAGGUAGAACCGGCCAUGAGGCCGUGGGCGGUACGAUGUGGCAAGGGCUGGUGUGGUGGUUUCGGCUGUGGGUCCGGCAGGUGGAACAGUGGUUCCAGUCACAUGAGAUGGCUACUGUGGUGCGGCAGCAAGGGUUUGCUGUGGGUUCAUGGAGGCGAGAGGUGGUGGUGCCACCCUGUCGAUCACGAGAUCAUGGGAGGAGUGGCUUUGGGCGCCUUCGCGAAUUGAGCCAUUGCAGUGGUCUUGCUCCUAGUGUGCUUGCUUCCAACCAUGGUUGUUUGGAAGGCUUUGUCGGAUUGGAAAAUAGAAGGAACGAAUUCCUUAAGCACGCGUUGAGUAUAACUCGUGCUUUCAAUGAAAGCACUAAAUGUUUGUGCAAAUACUCUUGCUGGAGAAUAUUCGUUUUGUGA